AUCGCAACGAGAUUCAACCAAGGGAGGAUGAUCUUGAUACAACUGAUGUGAUACCAAGCUGCAGGUGGAAAGUUUCGGGGCAAAUUUGUAAUCCGCACUUGAAUAAGUUGAUGACAAUUAAUUUUGAAUUUCAGCAAGGAUAUAGAAGGGGAACUGAUCGGCGAACGGAGAGAGCCAAGUCACGAACCAGGUAGGAAAAUCGUUCAAGAAAUGAAAUAAUUAUUGUUGGGCCUGUAACUUGCUUCACGGCGGGCACUUUGAGAUCAUUUGAAAGCACACAGGCCGAUGGUUAAGAGUGCAGACAAGAGGUGAAAACGAUGACUGCGAAGCUCGUGUGAUCGUUGAGUGCUUCUAUUUGAAAAAACGAAAAGGUUAUCAUAGUUCUAACAGUGGUGGGACUCCAUAGGAACUUACAGUCACGUUAGAGUGUACUACUAAUCCCAGGGGUAUAGAUGCAACCCCCGUUGCUAAAGAACAACCGAAGCGCGUAAAACACGUUUGAUGACUGGAAUGCAGUGGAGCCUAACACUGCAUUGAUUUGUCACAAGAUAUCAGAGAUUGGCAAAGGACAACGUACUCCAGUGAUAUUGUGCUACGAUCAUCCACACCGCUUACGAAAAAACACAGUUCUUGGGGAAAUAUAUGAUACGAAAUAUCACAAACAGAACACAGUAUCGCCAAGCCGGUCAGUUGGAAUUGAAGAUAGAGGAUAGAGAAUAGGAUGUGAUGUAGAACAACUUGAGCAUGGGAAGUCUUUCAAUGUUGACAGGGGAUACAUCUCCUCGAAGUCUUUCCAGAUCCCACAUUGAUGUCGGCGACAGGCAUGAAACAGAAGUGAUUAAUAUUAAAAACUGUCACAGUGGAUUAGGAAUAAAAAUAGCUGGAGGGAGAUCUGCCCUUGGUGCUGAUUUUGGAAUCUUUGUGAAGAAAGUUUUGAGUGGAGGUGUAGCUGAUCUUGAUGGAAGAUUAAGAGAAGGAGACCAACUUUUGGAAGUGAAUGGAUGCAGCCUGCUUGGAUUUUCAAAUGACAAAGCAAUGUCAGUACUACGGAAUGCUGCCCAGUCUAACAAUGCCAAACUGCUCGUGAGUAGAGAUGUUAAGGCCAGACAGGAGUUUGCCAAACUGAUGGAAGCAUUGAAUGAUGGAUCUUCAGCAUCUGGUCUCACCAAUGGAUUGCCUUCAACGGGAUUAAUGAGAAGUGGAAGUUUUGGCAGCUCUCGGACCUCAACUCCUUCACCAACCAUGGGAAAACGUUCAUGGGUGAUGAAUGCGGGUCAGAUGUCUCCGCUGGCAGGUGGUCGUCAUGGCAGCCCUGUCUUAUCACCCACCAACUCGCUUGACAGACCCUCAGCAAGCCUUCAGAGAAUGUACUCCAUGGACCUGCCGACACUUUCAGUUGGUCCUACUGUGGUUCAACAUACUCCUGGAGCACAUGAACCUCCAUCAUACAACUCCAGCCUUCAGAAACUCUCAAUGCCAGCAAGCAGAACACCGUAUACCCGUCACUUCAAUGGUGAUGCUCACUCUUCUGAGAGAUCCCCAGAAUAUAACGGCAAUGGACAUUUGACUGUGGAGCAACAAAGCGUUUCCUCAGAGGUCACUAAUGAUUCUGGACUACCUACUGACAGACAUUCCACAAGUUCUUCUCCAACAUUUGACCAUCCAGGAGAAUUGCAGACCAUUCAGAUUCAACAUACAACUGGCCUUGGCUUGUGCAUUGUUGGCGGAACAAACAGGCCAGAAGGUCCACAUGUGUAUAUUGACGACAUUAUAGAGGGAGGAGACGCUCAUAAGGACAGAAGACUCAAAAGAGGAGAUCGACUUAUGUACAUAAAUGGAGAGACUCUCAUUGGUGUCACACAUGAGCAAGCAAAAUCUCUGUUAACAAGACUUAAACUCAGAGGACAAGACACAGAGGUAACAUUUAUACGAGGUGGUCACAGGCCUGGCAGUCAGACACCAAAUGGCUCAAUCAGUCCAGCGCACAAUAGUCCAAGAAGAGGAUCUGAAAAUGGAUUUGCUCCUGAAGAAAACUUCCAACUGAACCUCAAUGGGAUUGAUAACUCAAGCUCUCGACCUUCAUCUAGUAGAUCAUCGCGCACAAGUGAACCAGAUCUUAGUAACACUGACAUAUUUAUGAAAGAGCUGUUGGCUGGAGGUGUGAGCCAAGCAGCUGCAGAUAGCCAGCAAAGCAGUCCAAGUGUAGAAACAUUCCAAGGAAGUCCACACUCACAGGUUUCUCCACCUGCUAUAUCAGAUACCCAGCCAGCUGUUUUGCAACCAAUGACGCAUUCAAUACACACUGUAGCUAAUGGUGUGAACCAUUCUGCUGUGCCCAAUUCACACCUACAGCCUGUUAAUGGCUUCUACCAGGCACCCACAGCAAUCCCACAGAGGAUGUUUGGUGGGUUUCAACCAGCUAUGUCAUCUACACCAACAACUGUUGAUAGCGUACCUAAUGGAUUUCCACUGAAUUCACAGUAUGGGCCAUGGACUAGUCCUCCAUAUGUUAAUGGAGGUGUUGUGAGCCAACCUCGUGUAAAUCAACCCAGCUCAUUUGCUGCAAAUGGAGCAGGGCCAACUGUCCCGGGAACGCAACCUCAACAGCUGUCACUAGGAUCAUUGCACAUCAGCCCUGUGCAAACAGCAUUUGAACCAUCCUCAGUACCAUACUACUUACAACAAGAUCUGGAAGCUCUCCAGCGAGUCUCACAACAACACGCCUCACCAUCGCUGAGCCAGCAGUCAAGUCCUAGCCCUGUUAAUGGUCAGCAGUCACUCUUGACUACAACAGCUGGUGGUGUUAGAGCAAAACGGAAUGGGAGGGGCAGUCGAAGACUUUCGCUUGAUCCUCAUACCAAGUUGAGGGUGGAGAGACUUGAAGUGGCUUUGAGAUAUUUAGGAUUUAACCCGACGGAGGAAGAGCAACACGAACUCAGGCAAAGACUGCCUGUUGAUCAUGGCGGUUUUGUAUCGUAUGGAGAUUUCGUGAAUGUGGCAAGGCAGGUUUUUGCCCUGCAGUUGAACGACCAUUCCCUGAGCACUUCAGCUGUACAGUUUGCAGUGCAAGAUGUUAAUUCAGUUCCCGCCGCUGCAGCCCCUCCUGAAACAGACACCUUUGAACAAGUCAGUGACAAUUUAUGUCUUUUUUAUGUUCCAAAGGGAGUUGUUUCACACAGCCGCUCACACAAAUAUCAACUCUGGACCUCAAAGCAGAUGCUAUCACCAGGGACUUUGUUUGACACAUUUUACCCAGGAUCCAAAGACACAAUACUCGACAGAGNUGCUAAAGAUGUGGAACAAGACUAUGCUGAGGUUAUAAAACUUCUGGAAAAAGAGCUGGACUCUUACAAGGCGAAAGAGGCCGAGCCGACACCUGAUGUGAAGGAACUCCAAGAGUUACAGAAAAGACUUGUUGUUCUCGGCUGCCAACUUCGGAAAGCCGAAGUGGGUAAGCGAACUUACGAAGUGGCCACGGAGAAACUGAUUCACUUUGCCGAGAUGGUCCAUGAAACUCUUACAGAGGGAGGCUCGGCAAGGCCCCAGCAGCGUGGUAAAGGAGAGUCCGUUCGUCGUGACGGAGGAUCAAAUCCUAAACCGCCAUCUUACCUAUCCCGACAUGCCAAGUACACCCCAGCUUCUCUAGCGAAGGAAGCUCGUGAAACUGUGAAGUCAGUCAAGGCACUGAUAGAAGAAGAACCACUUCCGUUUGGAUGGGAGGAGGCUUAUACCACAGAUGGAGUCAGAUAUUAUAUUAAUCACGUGACGCAACAGACGUCAUGGCUUCAUCCUGUCAGUCAAGUUCAACAUUUGCCGCCUAUUGCGGAAAACGAAGAUGGCGUCAGGGAAUCGCCAACGUGACUCACACUCCGGGACACGUGAUGUACACGUGCUAAAAGCAAUAGAAAUCCACGUGAUUUACACAUGAUUGUAGUAUUAGAUUACGUUUGAUGCGAGUUGUUGUGAAAAAGCUGCUUUUUUGAAGUGUCGAUAAUACUUUCUCCUAUUUAUUAUAUCAGAUAUUACUAUCAAAGAAUGUGCUAAACAGUAUUCUGUAAGAUAUUUUCAUGUUGAGACUUGAAGGACAGAAACCGUGAAGAAAUGGCUAUUGGCGUAAUCAGUGUAAAAGUGAUGAAAAAUUUUUUAUAUUGAAGAAAAGAAAAAGGAGAAAAAUGGAAGCGAGUCCCACGUUUUGUAAGCCUUCUUUUAUUGAGAGGCAAGCAUUAUAUGCGGUUUGGAAAUUAUUUUGGAAGAGAUGAAACAUGGCCGAUUAAUUUCAAUCGUUUUUUAGCUCCUUCAAGUUAUUAUAGGUGGCAAUUAGACUGAAAAUACGUUUACCUGAAGUUUAUGCAUCCAGUAUAUUAAUUUAUUUUACCCGUGUGCCCAAUUGGAUAUUAUUAUUAAAAGUCUGACUAAUUUUAUAAAUCACUGAUAAAACCGUGAAUGAACGUUGCAUAAAUUAAUUUGAAGCAAUUUUUUUUGCUCUAGGGCUGUGUUUUAAAUAAGAGCGCUUACGCAUGCGUGCUAAAACAUGUAAAUAAUAGUCUAUCAUACAAUAAUUGCCAUAAUCGGACCUCAACUAUCCAUUUAAUAUUUAAUCCCAUCUGGAAGAAUUUCUCUUCAUUUGUAAAAAUAUACCAAUCAUAUAGAAAUUGUUCCUUUAUCCCUCCACCCCAGUCCUGCUGGUAUAUUUUUAUAGAAUUAAUUCAGUAACGUCAGAGAAUUUGUCUGACUGUGGGGUGGUGGGUGGAACGGCAACCACAUUAUCGCGUAUCACGUGAUCAAUAUAUCGUUGAUUGUAAUCAUUCUGGCCAAUUACAAAGGACGUAGACAAUCCAUCAAACCAUUCAAAACUUGGUUUUACUUCUGAUUGGUUGACAAAGUGUCGCGAGUAUUUUCAGCCAAUCGCGUGUGGUAGUAAUGCAAAACCAGAGCAGCGAAUUAUUUCAACUGUCAAGUGAAACAGCUCUAUCAGCUGACAUGGACACAAAUAACCAACCCCAUGAAUAAAAUCAAUUACAAAUGAC